GAACACCUGGAAAAUCAAACGAAAUCGCUUUUGAUUUCCUUCCAAUCCACUUGAAGAGAUCAUGAACACCCAAAAGAGAGGCGCUAACAUUGUCAAUACAGACACGCUUUGUGUUUGAAUGCAUCUAUCUGGGCGUUAAGCGCAUGUCAUUCGAGACGGAUUGGAGUUCUUCAUAUCUUUCUGUUGCGUGUAACAUAGCGUUUGGCAUGUGUUUUGUAAACAGGUGUUCAUUGACUAUAUUAUAUUGGCUGGCUGCCUUGGCUCUCGCAGGUUAAGAAAAUGCCAGGGCAGAAUGAUGACGCAACGAUUUUGAGAAAGAUAUAAGAACAAGGAAGCGAAGAAACAAAUGUCGAAGACGAGCUGAAGCUGCGAUUUUGGAGCCGUGGGGAGAGAAGUGCCCAUCGCGCGUUGUAUGGGGCGGCGUGGUUCGCCAUGGCAGAAGAGGUUGGUUACAGAAGAGCCGAGCGUCGCAAUACCACAAGGUUCGUGAAAGGCACCAACGUGCCGAAGCCCUCCAACUUCGAAGGUUAGGAAAAUCAUGUUGAAUGCUUUGAUGUGUGGCCGCAUGGAAUUCAACAUUGGUAUCUUUUGAACAGCAAGCUUGUCAACCCUGUUGAACUUGGCAGCAAAGCGGGGCGGUGGCAGGAGCUUGCAGCUGGCCUACGCAAUGAUCUUCUCGCAGGACUUAUUAAUGCAACUUUCGGCAAUGCCGUGGAGAUGGUGAUUACGGUGCAAACUCUUCGAGGCGGCCUUUACGCCGUCGUCAAAGCCACACUCCUAGGCUCAGUGUUGUCGAAUGUCUUGCUGGUUUUGGGCAUGUCCUUUCUCUUUGGCGGCCUUGUCAACGUGUCGGGAAAGCAAGAAGCCAAGGCCAAAGACCCAGAGCUCCUUGACAAGGAAGAAGGCGGAGGAUACAGUGUGGUUGCAGAGAAGGUCCAGACGUUCAAGAUUCUGGGCGCCAUGGUCAACACAUCCAUGCUUCUAUUGUCCUGUUUGUCUUUCACCCUAGUCACGGUCUUUGGGACGAUGAUGUCCGAGCAAUACGCCAUGGACCGCAGAAGUUUGGAGGAAGUGAUGCUUCCAGUGUCGCGCACGUGCUCCAUCAUCAUCAUCUCAGCCUACGUGGCGUACAUUGUUUUCCAGCUCUUUACGCACCGCACAGUGAUGGCGGACACCGGCGACGGAGAUGGGGAGGAAGAGGAAAGCUCCAUCUCCGUGACCACAGCUGCGGUACUCUUGUUUGUGAUGACUUCUGUCGUGGCCUUCUGCUCGGACCUCUUGGUGGACUCCAUAGAGAACAUGACCGCAGACGCCCACAUGGGCGAACACUUCAUAGGCAUCAUCCUACUGCCCAUUGUUGGCAACGCCUGUGAGCACGCUGCGGCAGUACGGUUUGCCAUGCAGGACAAACCCGGCCUGUCGAUCGGCAUUGCUGUGGGCUCGUCGACGCAAAUUGCGCUCUUUGUGGUGCCCUUUUCGGUCCUGGUGGGGUGGUGCAUCGACCGCCCGAUGGACUUAAACUUUGGGGCCCUCAAUGUCACAGUCAUGACGCUCAGCGUGAUCGUUGUGCUCUCCAUGGUGGUCGACGGACAGCCCAGCUCUUGAGUUUGACCACCCGGGACUCAACAGCACUCCUCGUGACUCCAUGCGCUUGAUUUCCACGUCAACAACUCAUGACUCAUGUUGGCGCGUGUGUGUUUUUGUGGAGCGGAGUCAACUUCUCACUGGGUUUUGUUUCACAUAAAGGGAAAACCAAGCAAACGAACUAGUAAAAUUGUGUUCUUUUAGUUUUUGCUGCUGUCACCCUAAAGCCUUUCGCGACUCACCCAUAACCCGUCGUGACUUGUUAGUCGCAGUGACUACAGUGACCCGCAACGGGGUCAAACCCGAACACAGUCCUGAAGGAGACGUCUCAGUUCACAAAGACCGCUUGUAUGACAAUGAAUUUGUUAAAGUCUGUUUCGAUGCAUACUGACAUCGCGAAGAGAGUUGUCGAACACCUACUGGGAUGAACCGUGGGUUUAAAGCAG